AUGGCCCACGAUCUGAGGGGAUUUGAAUUUAAGAAUUUAACGCGGAAGCAGUGUCCAUUGACCUAUGAUGAUCCUUAUACAUGGUCUCUAAAUCUAUUCGAAGGUCUACUAGCCAUCACCGGUCUUACCCUUAACUGCCCAUUAAUUAUUCUAACUCACACGAUCUCCACAAUUCCGCUGGGCCAAAAACGACUUCUGGCUUCUCAAGUUAUAAAUUUUGUGCUCCUCUGUGCAUUCCAGCUUGCGAGAAAUGUUUAUUUGUUGAUCGCCGUCUACAACCCAUGUUUGAACAUCAUGAAUACGAUCAGCUGUAAAUUGCAAGAAUUUCCUUUGUUGUUUUGCUAUAUUCAUGGAGCAAUACUUUCGAUGCUCAUUGCGUUGCAGACGAUACCAGAAUAUGUAUACAAAUCCAAAAAGCACGGAUUUCGGUCAACAACAUGUUCCGUCUGGCAAGCUUGCAUCGCGGUAUUGGCUGCAUCAAUUGCCUUAUUUUUCACGGCAUUCGACGCGGAUGUCAACCCCCGCGAGAUGAAUAGGUGCUUCUUAUUGUUGGCCGUGCGACAGACCGAAUUUGCAUUCAUCCUGAUUACUGGUCUAAUUUUUAUUUACACAGCAACAAGGCAACUUUUUUUGCUCAAUUCGUUGAAGAAUAUUUUGGUGCCAGAAGGGGUAGGCUGGCAUUUAUGCUUCUUAAUUUCCGGUGUCGUGAUAUUAUAUCGUUAUUUGGCGUUGGAACCCUGUCUUCCAUGUAUCGACCGUAUCCUCGAAGUGUCUUUCGUUGCCCUUCCACUUGCCCUUGCUGCCAUCCAUCCAAUUCUUUUAGUUUGCAAUCUACCGUCUUUCCGCGAAGCCAUAAAUGAAGCUUUUCCGGUUGUCGGGAAUAUGUUACCUGAGUACAUGCCCGUGCCAGAACUCCCAAGAAGUCAAAGCCAUUUGCCUUGUGACCCAAAAGGCCUGAUCAAGAAAUCGGCGUUACGAAGGAGUGCCACCAACAACAACAAUCCAACCGACAAUAAUAAUGACCCUUCCGCGAUUACUGUCGACAAUUUGGAAGAAUUU